CAAAUUCUACACAAACACACAAAUAUAUUGAAUGAUUGUGCAUUUCAAAUUAUGUCGUUAAAAUAAUGAAAAACAAAACGCAAUAAAAACCAUUUGAAAAUUCUUUUAAAACUAAUAGUUUCAAAUGUACUCAUUCAUCAUAUAUAUAUCAAUAUAGACAUACAUUAAUAAGUAUUUAAUAAAUAUAUUAGCCGUUUCUAACAAACACGAGGCACGUCGAAAUCUGCUCUUUUGCCGGCUGUGCAUUCAGUUAAAUAACAUAAGACCAACCGAGCGCAACGAAACUCAAGUGCAUUCGUAUCCAAGAACAAAUCAUGUCCGCGAUUGCCGCUGACAAACGCGCAUCGUUUGCGCGCCGGGCCGAAAGUCUGGUGGAGCGGGUGAGAGUUUUGAAAACCAUUUACGAGAAAUACAAUAUUAGCACGGAAAAAUGCGGCGACUUGACUGUUAUUGUGCAGGGCGACUUGUCGCAGCAGGAGAAACGCGCUGUAUUUAUUACUGUGCAUGAUUUGGGAUGCAAUCAUAAUUCGUUUCAGGAAUUUGUAAGCAGCCCAUGCAUGACGGAAAUUAAGGAGCGCUCGUGUUUCAUACACGUUGAUGUGCCCGGCCAUGCGGACAAUGCCGAAGCACUAUCCGAUGGCUUUCCGUUUCCUUCGCUGCAGGCACUGGGCGAAGAUUUGGUUACGGUUCUGGAUUAUCUGCACGUGAAAUACGUAAUUGGUUUGGGCGAGGGGGCUGGGGCAAAUGUGCUGGCCCGUUUCGGGCUCGCCCAUCCCAGUCGUGCGCUGGGUCUUAUCCUGAUCAAUGCCACGGGCAGUGCUGCAAGUGUUUUGCAGUCCUUUAGGAACAAGUUCAUUAGCUGGAAAAGCGAUGAGGUUGCCCAUUCGGCUGAGAGCUUUCUGAUGUAUCACAAAUUUGGACAUCAAAUUGUUGGCGAGAAUCCAGAUAAGGACAAAAUAGUGGCCGAAUAUCAAAAACGUUUGCAUCGCUCCCUAAAUAGCAAGAACGUCGGCCUCUAUGUCAAGGCGUUUAUGAAUCGCAAGGAUCUUACGCUCAAAGGCUGCAAAGUUGAUGUUAUAUUAAUUACAGGCAUGCUCAGCCCGUAUGCCUCUAUGGUGGAGAAAUUGCAUCGCGAUGUGGAAAAGGAACGCGUGACCAUCUUAAAAAUUGAACGUGCUGGCGAUGUAUUGGCUGAUGCUCCCUCGAAGGUAGCUCAAUCCAUACUACUAUUUUGCAAGGGGCAAGGUUUGCUUACUUCGAUCGUAAUGCCCGGAGUAGACCGCGGACGCUCAUUUUCUACUGCCAGCUCCGGUUCCUUUGAGCGCCGCUUAUCGCGAGGCAUUUCCAUGGAGGACUACGACAAGCCCAAUAUACGUCGGCUCAGCAUUAUGAACAUAAAGAGGACGUUCUCGGAUAACUUUGACUUCAAACGCAUUUGCAUGGACGCGCCGCCGCCAACAAAGCCACCCAGAGGCGUUAAAUAUGGAAAAGAUGAGUCUGCCAGCUGUGGCUUUCUCGUCAACGUCAUCAAGUCUCUGGGUUUCAGCGAGACCACCGAGGAGCGUCAAAAGGAGAAGCAGAAAAUCGAACAGGAAUUCAAACGUUCGGAUCUGCGUCUAAACGAGCUGGUCUCACGACAUGACCAGCAGCUGACUCAAGUACUGCCACUAUUUAGCCAGGUGUCCACAGAGGUGACGGCUAGUCGCGAGCGUAUACACGCGGUCAAAGAGAAUCUGGGCGCCUGCAAGCGCCUUCUGCAGUGUCGUCGCGAUGAGCUUAAGAAAAUGUGGACGGACGCUGUACAGCACAAGUAUGUGCUGGAAAUGCUGGAGCAAAUCCAAGAGCUCCGGAAAGUGCCUCAACGUGUGGUCAGCUACACGGCGAAACGUCAGUACUUGCAUGCCAGCAAGGCACUGACGGAUGCCCUGGCCACGCUCAACGGACCAUUGGCAGGCGUCGAGGGCUUGGCCGAUUUGCGCACCGAUUUGCAAACGCGCCGGCAACAGCUAUAUCAUCGCUUACACGAGGAACUUGUCACGCAGGUGUACAAGAACUCUGCCAAUGAAGCCUUUCAACGUAGCAAUUCGAGUCGCCUUAAUUCUAGUUUCACGCGUGGCAUUGGCGCACGACGCUCCACGGAUCGCAUCGAGGCAAAUGCUCGCGUGCGUAAGGCAUUGAGUGACAUGGCGCAAGGCUUUGAGCUGGACAAAGCGGAGAUAAUUGAAGAUGCGGAUCUUAUUGAUCCGGAACUAAGCAUGAAUUACUUUAUUGCCAUCAUUGUAGAAUGUUUUGGCAUGCUGCAGAAGGUGCCAGAUUCAUUAGAAACGCUGCGCGUCCAAAUUCAAACAGAGCUUCUAAAUGUUGUGCGACAGACCACGCAUCAGCUGGCGUCGGGUGGUACGCUGCAAGCUGGUGCAGGUGCAGGUGCCAGCAAUCCGCUGCUAACCCUCCUGGAGAUCAUAUUCAAGCAGUUCAAAGCUAUUGCCAAAACGCAUACGCUCCUGCUAAAGAACUAUCUGGCUGUGGGUCAAAAGUAUGCCGUUGUGGGACCACAAUCCUACGAUCUCACCGACUUUUGGGCUCAGGCUCAGUCAGUAUUGCAAUUGCUGCUUACGGAUUAUUUGGACAUACAAAAUGCAUCGGCGGAUGAGAGCUCGCAGACGGGCUUUGUGGAACCUAUAAACAAUAUUAAUUCUUAUUUUCUAAGGCGCAAAGUUCCAAGCACGAAAAAGGCCAUGUUCAAGUUUGACAAGUCCUCGCACAUAGCCGGUAAUGUAAGCAGUAGCAGCAACACCAACAGCAAACAUGAGCCUUUCAAGGAGCAUCGACGCAAUGCUUCAGAUGCCUCUGUUGAUGACAAUUUGGGUGCCAAUCUGCUUGGCAGCGGCAAGGGCUCUUUGACUGGCCUAUUGCCUCAUGAGAAGAAACAGCGAGAGAAAUUGUUAAUAUGCACGCCCGAUCAGAAUGUGAUCACCAAGGUGUAUCUUCCAAUAAUGGGCUACAUACAGGAAAUUGAGAACUUUAUGAAGUGCAAGCCAGGUCAACCGUGCAGCCUGCAUGACUUUGUGGAUAAUUAUAUAAAGGAUACAUUCCUAUCUAAGGGUCACAAUCGCAAUUUGCAGUUGACCAUUGAGUCGCUAUCAAAGAAUCAGGAUGCCUGGCGUGCCAUUAUAACGCCCGAGGAAAUGAAAAGUUUAAAUUUGAGCCGGCCAUUGCUGCAGUCCACUGUCAUGGUAGAGCGUCGGCUGGUGGAGACCAAAAAUCUAAUUGAAGAUUUGCCCUGCUAUUCGGAAGAGCUGCUCAAGAUGGUGUGUGCGCUUCUCAAGGCCUAUCGUGAGAUAUGCCAGACGGCCUACAGGGGUAUUGUGCAGCCGGAUUCGGAAGAUAAACGCAUCUACAGCGUGGCCUGGUUAAAGGACGAGGAUAUAAGUCGAUUUUUAAAAACGCUGCCCAAUUGGACGGAUCUUAAGACCUCCAGCCAGCGUGCACGCCACACGCGCAAGCUGCAACGUGGAAACUUUGAGCCGUCCGAGGAGGAGAGUCCGCUGCAAGUGCAGCAACGUAAUAUACGCGAAGCCGAAAUGUUAACUAGCAAUUUGGGUGAGGGUGGCAUAACACAGCAGGAGAUACUGGCUGACAUAAGCGUGCUCAAGGAGUUGGCUAUACUGCAGGAGAGCAUGGAAUGGUUCUCGUGUCGCGUCUCAGAGUUUGCCAACGAGCUAAGGCGUCCAUUGGUCAACGGUUUGAAUUCAGCAGCGGCAGACUGUGCGGCAAACGUGGCGAUCAAGGAUGGCACCAUCAAAGUAAUGACUAAUCUGGCAUUGGAAUUCGAUGAAUUGGCCAACACGUGCCUGCUAGUGCUGCAUCUGGAGGUGCGCGUACAAUGCUUCCAUUAUUUGCGAUCCAAGUCGAGCGUUAAAACCAACAGCUAUGUAGGCUCCAAGGAUGAUAUAUUGGAGCCAGAUCGUCAGGUACUGGUGCUAACGAAACGGCUAUCGGAAAUGGAUGAAGCAUUCAGUGCCACCCUGCAUCCGCGCAAGACAAGGUAUAUAUUCGAGGGCUUGGCACAUCUGGCAGCACGCAUACUUAUACAGGCAUCCAAUUACCUGGAGCACAUUGAUCAGAUCACCGUGCAACGCAUGUGUCGCAAUUCUAUUGCCCUGCAGCAAACGCUGAGCAAUAUUACGGCGUCUAGGGAGAUUGCACUAGACCAGGCGAAACAUUUCUAUGAGCUGCUCUGCAUGGAACCAGAUGAAAUACUAAAUGCGUUGCUGGAACGCGGCACACAAUUCUCAGAGAUGCAAUUGCUAAAUGCAUUGCAGUUGUCUUGCAAGGCCUGCGGCAUAACCGAUGUCAAUUUAUUGGCUUCCUAUCAGCAAAAACUUUCCGAUAUACUGGGCGCCAAGCCCUCCAAGGGUGUUGUUGUAUAAUUUAUACAAGCAAGCGGAAUAGCAAUAUAUAUUUUUUAAAUAAUUGCGCCUUGUAUGCCCACUCAAACAGACAUCAACAAUAGUUUUUAAUGUGUAAGUGCAAAGAGUUUGCUAGUGUUAAGCCCAAAUUGAUUAUAAAUGUUUUGAACAUGUUGGCAUGCA